UUCUGUGGUUGGUGGAGCCCGGGUCGCGGCCCGGAAGCGGAUGGGCUGCGCUGGAGAGUGACCCCGGGACCGGGAGGGGGAGCGGCUGCACUGGGGGCUUGGAGUGACUCCACUUCCACCUAUCGGUCCUUCACGGUCUCCCGUCCACGCAGCCGUCCCCCAUGGCAGCGUGGUCCCGGGAGGCUGUCCUGAGCCUUUACCGGGCUCUGCUGCGCCAGGGCCGCAAGCUGCACUACACCGACCAGGAUUUCUACCUCGCUUUCAUCCGCCGCGAGUUCCGCAAGAACCAAGGGCUGCAGCAGCUGGAGGAUAAGGAGAGACAGCUGGAGAAGGGGCAAGCUUUCCUGCAGAGCAAACUUGGGGGCCUAGUGUAGAC